UCGGAUUUCACUCCUGUCUGCUCCCUUGAUUUGCGGUUUAGAAAUUAUUUAUGAAUGUUGACAUUGGCAAUCAAAUUUAUUCUUCAAAAACACAACUAUCAACAUGACAGACCAAAGACACCGCAUGAAAUUAAAUAUCAAACAUGGCUCAGUCCGACACAGCAUUAUUUUAGAAUUACCAUCCAAUUCCUAUGAGGUAUUGAAAGUCCAACAUUUGAUGGACAAAAUGGUGGAGAUGUUUGGAAUACCUCUUGAAUGUCAGAAAAUUGUUCAUAAAGGAAAGACAUUAAAGGAUCCUGGUGAUAUUUUGAGAGAAAUAGGUGUCAGGGAUGGUGCGACAAUAAUGUUAUUGGGAAAAAAGCCAGACCCUAUAGAGGACAAAGAAAUGAAAAAGUUAUCAGAUAUAGAAAAAGAUGUAGAGAAAAAUGAAAAGAGAUUGAGUGAUAUUACAUAUGAAUUAGAUGGUAUUCAUAGAGGUUAUAUAAAUGAUGAUCUGAAGUUACCGGCUUUAAAUCAAUUAAAGAAAAAACUAGGAGGAACCUCAGAAAUAUUUAUGAAACAAUUAUUAUCUCUAGAUGCCUUAACUUUUGAAGAGAGUAAUAAAGGAGGGAGAGGAAAACGAAAAACUAUAGUAAACAGAAUACAGGUUUUGUUGGACAGAUGUGAUGGACUGAUGUCAGGAUUAAAUGACCAGAUAACAAGGGAACAAGAACAGUCAUGACCAAAGUGAAAAACAAAGUACAAAAGACAUUAAGUGGUUUCAGGGUUUCAGAAUAAAUGUAACAUUUGACAGUGUAAAGUCUUCAGCAUUCUCAUGUAGAAAUCUCAAAUAUUUUCUUUAUAAGAAACUUACAAUGAUUUUUUUCUAACUGUGUCUAUUUACUGGUAGAUCUAUGUCAAUAGGAAAACUUUUAAUACAUGUUGUCAUGAUACACAGAGUUUUUAUGCAUUUAUAUGUUACACAGAUUUGGAAAAAAAGAAUAAAACAUAAAACAUGA